UCGGAGUAGGCGUAGAAGUUUGAAUUCGGAGCACAGUUCACUGCGACUUUAUUGUCUACGCCUGGAAAAAAACCCAUCGAUAUCGAAUUGCAGUCCCAAAAAAAUGUUAAGCGAUCUGGAGAGCGUUGAAAAAGUCCUGCCAGCGGAAAAUGCAGCCACAGGUGGAUGGGAAAUGGGCUGCUUUCAGGGACAUCCCUCGGACAUGGCCAAGGAAAAUCGCCGCGGAAGGGGAAACUUGUGCAUGAUCUUUCGUUUGGGAAAGCAUCCGCGUUGCGAGUUUGCCAAUGGGCAUUCUCCAGCGAGAUCUGGUGCAGUGUUAAAUGACAACAAGAGAUGCAGAAUGUUCUGAAGUAAUUCUAAAACUAAAGGAGAAGAUGGAGCUUAAAGGACUAAAAUGUUUGUUACAAAGAAGACAAUAAUUCACUUAGA